GUGAACACACAGGAUCUCAGGCUCAGGGAGAGAAAUGGCGGUCGACCUGGACAUUUUCGGAGGAGUUAUGGCGAGGACCUUCUUUGCCAACUCUACAGUCACCUUUAUGGACGUCGGUAUCCAACUGUUUAUGUGCUUAUACGGGCUCUCUGUCUUUUUGGAAACUCCAAAGGAUCUACGAAGUGGCCGUAUCCCCUAUAUCGUCGUCAGCUUCGUGAUCUUCGCGCUCUCUGCACUCACGGCUGUGGUCGACAUGUAUGAUAUAUUCCGAUGCCUUUUUGAAGCGACGUCUCCGAGGGAUUUUUACCUUGUCUGGGACAAGUAUGCCGACAGCUACCUGCGAGUUCUCAGUCUUGCAUCACUGUCCGUCUUCAUUUGGGUGGCGGAUGGACUAAUGUUGUACCGCUGUUACAUCAUGUGGGCAGACCAGUGGUGGUUCCUCAUCCUUCCCGGUCUGACCUAUCUGGGAUCCAUCGGUAUGGGGAUGCGUAUGAUUGUUCCAGCUCCGAUCCAGGGAAGUAGACUUAGUGGAAGUGUUUUCGCCUUCCUCGCCAUCGCUCUCAACAUCAUGGUCACCGGCCUCAUCUCAUUCCGCCUUAUUCGAGCCCGAAAGCACUUCGCACAGGUCAUCCCGGAGAGAAAUCUGAAUCUCUACAACGGGAUCGUCGCCAUUCUUAUCGAGUCUGCCUUGCCUCUCGCCCUGUUUGGCAUCGGACAUGCGGUUGCUUUGAUCAUUACCCCCGGAUCGACGACCGAGUCAGCCUCGAAUUGGCAAAUCGCCCUGUCGACAUUCUCGUUGUUGUAUUAUUCCUUCACGGCGCUUUCGCCCCAGAUGAUUAUCUUCCGAGUGACAACUGGAAGAUCUUGGCUAACGCCUCUGAAUGCAGCAACUGCCACCGCGAUGUCCAAGCCCCUCGUUUUCGAUCAUGGACCAACGGAGCAAUCGUUCUUGGCUUCAGUGCGUCCUCAGAGAGACGAAGAAGAACAGAUCUCGAAUGGUUCUGAGACUCCAACUUCUGAGAAGAGAUAG